AUGUCAAAGCAGGCGCAGCUUAUGGAGGUGCUGAAGAAGGAGGUGAGAUCGCUGCUAAUGGCUGCCAAAGAGGGCUUAACCCCAGCACAGCUGGAGCAGGAGUACGUGGCCAUGAUUGGCAAACCUCUCCCUCUACGUGACCUGGGUUUCCGAUCCACCUUGGAGCUGGUGGCAGAUAUGCCUGAAGUUGUCAGAGUCUGUUCUUACGAGAAAGGCACUUUUGUCCUCAAAGCCAUUGCAGAUGAGACCACCAAAGCAAUUGCCAAACUGGUUGCCAGACAGAGGAGAAGUGCUAGGGUACGGAAGGGUGCUGCUGCGAAGGCAGAUGCUGCUUCUCCCUCUAAGAAUGCACAGAGUUUCCCUCGGAGGGACAGGGCCCCCAUCCUGCCAGCAACAGUGAAGGCUGAGCUGCAGGAUCUGCUGAGUUCCUCACCGCUUCUGCUUUUGGACUUUGACAAGGCCUUCUUCAGACGCUUUGGCCGGGCGUUCCAAUACACGCAAUAUGGAUUUUUCUCCAUGUUUGAAGUCCUCAGAAGUGUGUCUGAUAUCAUUGUAGUUGAGCAGACAAGAGCGGGUUCCCUGCUGACCCUGAAGAGGUACCUGGCAAGAGAGAGAGAGAAGGAAGAGAUGCCGCAGGAUGAGGCGCAGGAAGAGAUGCCGCAGGGUGAGGCGCAGGAGGAGAUGCCGCAAGCAGCACCUGCAGCUGACAUGCCUCCUUUGGAACCCAGCUGUGAGACAGAGAGCUUCCACCUGACAGCAAAAGAGAAGUCAGAGCCAGUGGAAACACAAGCAGUAGAUUUGGGUGAUGACCUCAAACAACCUCAAGAUUUGGAGCGGUCCCUACUAGACAAGCUGAUAAUGACUCCAGAAAUACCCCCAGAUGCUGUUCAGGACAGAAGCCUUUGCAGUCUACCACCACUGGAGAGAAGAUGCUUGGUGGGAGUCUUUGUGGAAUUCAUUGUCUCUCCUAGCCAGUUCUACAUCCACAUUUGCAGCAGGGAAACAUCUGAUAAACUGCAGGAUAUGAUGAUUGAGAUGAGACACUGUUACUCAAAUAAACUUGUUUCUGAUCGUUAUAUCAUGCCUGAGUCUUCAGUACAGCCUGGACAGCUUUGCUGUGUAACAGUCUCGAAAUGGUGGUACCGUGUUAUCAUCCACCGUGUGAUCAAUGACCAAGAAGUAGAGGUGUUCUACCCAGAUUACGGAAACCUUGAAGUUGUUCGAAAGUCUUGGCUGAGAUUCCUCAAGUGGUGCUACUUGAAGCUCCCUGCUCAGGCCAUCCCAUGUUCCUUGGCAUGGGUAAAACCCGUGGAGGGUACAUGGUGCAAUGCAGCAACUCUCCUAUUCAAGAAGCUGUGUGGCUCCAAGCUACUUGUGGGCAUCGUGGAUGAAUAUGUGAAUGGCAUUUUGCAUCUUUUCCUGUGUGACACCUCCACUGAGGAGGAUGUAUACUUCCACUGUGUCUUGAGGGAUGGGGGAUGUGCUGACGUCUGCGGAGAGAACAUUCCUUCCCAGGGAUUCAAGGAACUGAAUCCUUCAGCCUUGUAUGUUCAGCCCAAUGAAGAGAAAAUGAAGAACAAAGACCUUCCUGGGAGUCUUGCAGUUGGGCUGUGCAGUGCCAGUGGGCUGUCUGACCAAGGGCCAUCUCAGAAACUGUAUGUCCCUCCUACCACGCUAUCUGCAGUGUUGGCAGCUGCACGCUUAGCCACUUCCAGUGACUACUUCCAGUGGCUCCCCGGACUGAGAAAGAAGGUGUAA